UACAUCACUAUUUGAUUUACGUGUCAUUGAUAUAACCAUGUUUAAAUUAUUAUAUUUCAUUUUCUUCACUUUACAAUGUUUUCUUUGUAACUCAAAAACGAAUGCAGAAAUAAUAAAUACGAAUGUAGAAAGAGUGUUGGAUUUAUCUUCACAACUUGUGAAGACUACUAUCAAAAUUUCAGCUGAGGACACAACCGGCGAACCCAUAACCGAAUACGUGUUUCUCGUAGCGGAGCCCAAUCUUGCAUUUAUUUCUUUAAAAGACGGAACGGAGAAACAUAUCCAGCUACGAAAAAAUAAGGAGAAUAUUCAUGGUGAACAAACUUUUACGCUUAUUUUUACAAAAGGAUCUCCCAAGAAAUCUUUUGUAAUCGAGACAGUCUCCUCUAAAAACUUACGAGCGCAUCCUGAAGAAAUUGAACAAAAUGAUAAGCAAUUAGUUAAAUAUAAUGGAAGCUUAUAUUUGUAUUCAAAAUAUAAGACUAUCAUGCAGAAAACCAAUGUUAAACUCAGUUCUUCGAAUAUACUAUUCCACACCCAAUUAAAGCCGUUUUCAGUAGGAUCAAACAAAAUUAUUUUAGGGCCUUACGAAGAUGUUGAAGCCUUAUCUCAGCAAGAGUUAGUUAUUCAUUAUGAAAAUCAAACGCCAUUUAUAACAGUCAACGCAUUGGAGCGAAAUAUUGAAUUGUCUCAUUGGGGUAACAUCGCAGUCAAGGAAGAAAUUCAAUUGACUCACGCUGGAGCUAAAUUAAAAGGUUCAUUUUCCCGAUACGAUUUUCAAAAGGAAGGUCGCUCUGAUCACUCUGCUGUAAAAUCAUAUAAAACGUAUUUACCGGCCUCUGCAUCUGGAGUCUAUUACCGAGACACAAACGGCAAUAUAUCGACAUCAAAUAUGAAUUUAGUUCGCGAUUUUAUAGAACUUGAGCUAAGGCCACGGUUUCCUCUUUUUGGUGGAUGGAAAACAAAAUAUACUCUUGGCUAUAAUGUUCCCUCAUACGAAUAUAUGUACAAUGAUGGCAACAAAUACCAGUUGAAGAUGCACUUAAUAGACCAUAUUUAUGAUAAUAUGGUUAUCGAUGAAGCUAUUAUAAAUAUUAUUCUACCAGAGGGGUCCACACAAAUACAAUUCUCGACGCCAUAUCAAAUAAGUCGCCGACCAAAUGAGCUAGUGCACACCUAUUUAGAUACGAUUGGACGCCCGGUUGUUACAUUCUCCAAGUCUAAUUUGGUGGAAAGUCACAUUUCUGAUUUUACUCUUAAUUAUAGUUUUGAAAAGGUGUCAUUGCUUCAAGAACCUUUACUGGUUAGUGCUUUUAUUUAUGUCAUAUUUUUAUUUACAAUUGUUUUAUUACGUUUGGACUUCUCAAUUACUUCACAUUCACAUAAAGAAUAAUUAAAUCGCUUCGUAUGCAUUAAAUACUUUGAAAAUAAAUAAAGUGGAUACCAAAAUUUA